AGUUCAUAUCUAAUCCUUGUCAACUUCAAUAUGGUAUAUUAUUCUGGAUUAUUGGAUAUAUAAUUAUUAUAUUAUUGGGAUUAUUUAUAUUGAAUCAAUUUCAUAUCAUUGAACAUCAUUGUCAUACAUUAUACAAAAGGAUAGAAAAGAAAACUUAUGUAUACAAUAAUGCAUCUGAUAUACCAUUUACAUUUAUUGGAGGUCAUACAAAUACAGGUAGACAAGUUUUAUUCACCAUGGUAUUAUAAUAAUAAUUACAGAACUCACAUCAGUUUACAGGUACUGAACUGCUGGGAAUCAUUCUAGAUACUCAUUCAAUGAUUAGUUGCAGACCUAAACUAAUUAUAACAAAAUUCUUAUUGAGAUACAGAAGGAACCGACUACGGUCAAUGGACAGAUUAGUAGAAUCUGGUAUCACUGCAAAUGUGUUGAACGAUGCUGCGGCUGCAUUUAUUACAACGCUAAUUAAAGAAAUGGGUCCAAGAGCACCUAGACUAUGCCACAGAGAUACAGAAUCAUUUGAUUAUCUUGAAGAUUUAAAUAUCUUAUUUCCAAAAGGAAAGUUUAUUCACAUAGUACGAGAUGGAAGAGCCACUGUUGCUUCAAAAAUAGCUAGAUAUAUCAAUUCUAAUUAUACAUCUGAAAAUAUUACGGAUGCAAUUUUAACUUGGGAUGAAGAUACAACACAAAUAUUAGAAGAUUGUGAAUAUAUUGGUAGUGAAAAAUGUUUAACUUUACGUUAUGAAUGUUUAGUACUGAAUCCACUUAGAGAAAUCCAAAAAGUUUUACAAUUUCUCUCAUUGCCAUGGGAUGAAAAACUACUUAAAUAUGGAACUGACUUCAGUCGAACAGACCAGUUAAUUCACAGAAGUUCUCUAGAUUCAUGGUCAAAGGAAGAUUCACUUCUAUCAGAAGAAUAUAUCACGUUCAUGAAUGAAAAUAGUAUAGCAUUAAAACAGUUGGGUUAUCUCACCGAUGAAAUCCCACCGAAUUAUGCAACAAUUUGCAAUAACUAAACUAUUCUCAGUCAAACACACAGUCAGUAUCAAAUUGAAAUAUGAUGUCUUGAAUUUGUAACUAUAGGAAUGUAUCUGUAUUGAUUAGUGUGUGUGUAUGUGAGCACUAUGUUUAUGUAGAAACUGUAUUUUUGUACACAUUGAAAUAAUAAAUAUGUGAU